GGAAGUUAGGGUCUGCAGUUCAAAACAUCGAAGCUCAUCAUAAGCAGGUAGGGCUUCAGUGAAAUUAAUCAGUUCGAUGCCUGCAAUGCUUGAAAUAUUUAUUUAGUUUAUUAUAGAUAAAUGUACUGCAUGAGGUGUCCUGUAUAACAAAUCCAGCAUUUUUUUGUGCGUGAUCUUGUACAUCAUACGGCCCGUCAGAAGCGCGACCGAUCAGCCAGCUGCCGGUUUUACCUGGACUUGUCGACUCAAGUGCUGGAUCCGUUUGCACUGACAGCUUGAUGCUAAGCUGCAUAAGCUAAAUAAGAUAUUGCGAGUAGAAGCUCCCGUUGCAGUGUAAGCCGCAGGCUGCAGGAUGGACACCCGCUUCACCAGGGGCAAAUCGGCGAUCCUGGAGCGCUCCCUGACCAGGCCCAAGACGGAGGUCAGCGUCAGCGCCUUUGCGCUGCUCUUCUCCGAGAUGGUGCAGUACUGCCAGAGCCGCGUCUACUCCGUGUCCGAGCUGCAGGCGCGCCUCGCCGACCUGGGCCAGGGUGUGGGCGCCAGCCUGCUGGACGUACUGGUUCUGCGAGAGAAGAACGGCAAAAGAGAAACUAAGGUGCUCAACAUACUGCUCUUCAUAAAGGUGUCUGUAUGGAAGGCCCUGUUCGGAAAGGAGGCUGACAAGCUGGAGCAGGCGAACGACGACGACAAGACGUACUACAUCAUCGAGAAGGAGCCGUUGAUCAACGCCUUUAUCUCGGUGCCCAAGGAGAACAGCACGCUGAACUGUGCCGCGUUCACGGCCGGCAUCGUGGAGGCUAUCCUCACCCACAGCGGCUUCCCGGCUAAGGUUACCGCGCACUGGCACAAGGGAACCACGCUCAUGAUCAAGUUUGACGAGGCGGUCAUCGCGCGGGACAAAGCCCUGGAUGGAAGAUAGAGGGGGGAGGAAGCGAGCUGGGA